AUGGCCUCUAACUUUAAGAAGGCAAGCAUGGCAUCAUUUGCCCAGCGAAAAAGGAUGAGUCCUAAGCCAGAGCUUACUGAAGAGCAGAAACAGGAAAUCCGGGAAGCUUUUGAUCUCUUUGAUGCUGAUGGAACUGGGACCAUAGAUGUUAAGGAACUUAAGGUGGCAAUGAGGGCACUGGGCUUUGAACCCAAGAAAGAAGAGAUCAAGAAAAUGAUAAGCGAAAUCAAUAAGGAAGGAACAGGAAAAAUGAACUUCAGUGACUUUUUGACUGUGAUGACUCAGAAAAUGUCUGAGAAAGAUACCAAAGAAGAAAUUCUGAAAGCUUUCAAGCUCUUCGAUGAUGAUGAAACUGGGAAGAUAUCAUUCAAAAAUCUAAAGCGUGUGGCCAAGGAGUUGGGUGAGAACCUCACUGAUAAGAAGCUACAGGAAAUGAUCGAUGAGGCUGAUCGAGAUGGAGAUGGAAAAGUCAAUGAGCAGGAGUUCCUGCGCAUCAUGAAAAAGACCAGCCCUUACUAAAAUCAGCCUCUUCUUUUCAUAUUGUGUGAAACCUGGGUUUUGAGAACAUAAACUAUUUUCUCCUACUGACCUCCCUGUAUAACUUUAGUAACAAUCUUAAAUCUCUCUUAGGUAUUUGAAAGUGUUCU